AUGUCUCAGCAAUACGACUGGCUUAUCCAAAUCCGUGCCAACACCGAGGACCUCGAGGGCCGCAUUAACACCCGCCCAGCGCAUCUCGUGCAUAAUAAACCAUUGAUAGAAGCGGGGAAAAUCCUGUUUGGGGGCCCUUUACUCGCGCAUCAACCAGAAAGCCCAGAUGCAGAUCUUGCAGUCACGGGUAGCGUUAUGCUGAUUCGAGCGGGGACCGAGGAGGAAGUUCGACAGCUGGUUAGGGAAGAUCCUUAUGCGAAAGUUGGAUUUUGGGACGUGGAAAAUGCAGUUGUGUCGCCUUUUCGGUGCGUGGUGAGGAAGAAGACGGCGUAA